GCCAAAAAAGCCCCCCAAACCGGUCUCCCCAAAGCCAGGCUAGGCAGCUCAGCCCCUCCGGCAGCUCCCUCCGCUCAGACUUGACCCCUGCUCCCCAGAGCGCCUCUAACGCCAGCGGUGGACUUCUCUCCUUUCUUAUGAGCCCAGGAUGAGCAACAAAGAAGAUGCCGGCAAAGGUUGUCCUGCGGCAGCUCCGGUCUCCAGUUUUACCAUCCAGUCGAUCUUAGGCAGCAGCACCUCGGGAGGAGGCAGAGAGCCCAGCUCCAAGCAGACCGCCUCCGCCUGGCCGAGCAGGAAGAGGAGCCUGUCGGUCUCUUCCGAAGAAGAAGAGCCGGACGAGAGCUGGAAACAUCCCACUUGCUUCUGCCCCGACUCGCAGGCCCCUGAAGAAACGUGCCACAAGCAUCAGCCUCUCGGUUUCACGUGCCUCAGCAAUUCCAAGGGGACCGGCGCGGCGCUCGGUUCCGACCGGACGCCCCCUUUCCUCUCUCCGUCCCAGCCGGAUUUUAAGGAAGAGAAAGAGAAGCCGUUCGCUCCGAAUUCGCCCGCCUGCUCGGCGGACCGGCCAAGGGACGGGGCGGAGAGGCAGGCCGGUUCGGCCAAGAAGAAGACGCGCACGGUCUUCUCGCGGAGCCAAGUCUACCAGCUGGAGUCGACCUUCGACAUGAAGCGCUACCUGAGCAGCUCCGAGCGGGCCUGCCUGGCCUCCAGCUUGCAACUGACAGAGACUCAAGUCAAAACCUGGUUUCAGAACCGGCGGAACAAAUGGAAGCGGCAGCUCUCGGCCGAACUGGAAGCGGCUAACAUGGCCCACGCCUCGGCCCAGACUCUGGUGGGGAUGCCGCUGGUUUUCAGAGACAAUUCCGUCCUCAGGGUACCCGUGCCCAGGUCCAUCGCCUUCCCGGCGCCCUUAUACUACCCCGGCAGCAACCUGUCCGCCUUACCUCUUUACAACCUCUACAAUAAGCUCGACUACUGAGACCGGACUCUGGACAGCCUUGGAGGCCAGGCGGCCCCGACCCAGGACCCCCUCCUCCCCCCCCGACCCUCGCGCCC